AUUGCAUUUUUUCCCCUCGUCAAGUGAAGAACUACAUCGCGCGUCGUCUCGUGUAGUUUAGUUUUUUAUUUUCUUCUCAUAUUGUUGUCAUUUUUGUGUAAUUCGUUUGAUAAUACCUCUGCUUUGUACACGUCAAUUAUUAAAUUGCGCUAACCCUUCUUAACCCUGGCAAAGCUGCAGUUUUCUUAUCACUUUCAUGUGUUUUUCAAGUCACAAUUGAAAAAAGGAAGCUAACAGUUGAUUGAAUUUAAUUCAUCCAUAAGUUUAUUAAGUUUUAAAUACAUAACAUAACUUACCCAGGGUGGAACUUUGUACCUCUACCGAGUGAUGCUGCAGUGAAAAGUGUACCUAUCGAUAACCUUUCUGAUAAGAAAAGAUAGAAACAAAAAUUACGUGCGAAUUUUUGGGCGGCAUUGACAUUGAGUUGAAAAAUUAAAUUGUUUUCGGAUUUUGUGUAAAUAAAUUAGCAGCAAUAUGGAUAUAAAAUUUUUAAAUGUCCUUAUUCUCGGGUUCGGGUUUAUGUUUGUUUUUACAUCAUUCCAAACCAUGGGGAAUAUUGAGAAAACCAUCCUCGACAGUAUAGCUGCGGAGGACACGACCUUCAAAGGUGAUGGCUACACAAGUUUAGCGGUCAUAUAUGCAGCAUUUGCGAUAUCAAACUGGUUGGCGCCAUCAUUUCUAUCAUUCACUGGUCCUAGAUGUGCAAUGCUAGUUGGCUCCUUAACCUAUACACUAUUUAUGGUGGUCUUUUUAUGGCCAAAGACUUGGCUUCUCUAUUUGGCCAGUGCAGUUUUAGGAACUGGUGCUUCUAUAACAUGGACCGGCCAAGGUACAUACUUGGCUCGAUGCAGUAAUCCGACGAAUAUAUCACGAAAUUCUGGAAUUUUCUGGGCCCUUCUGCAGUGCAGUAUGUUUCUUGGAAAUCUCUUUGUGUACUUCCAGUUCCAGGAUAAGAGCACCAUCGAUGCUGAGACACGUCAACUUGUUAUUGGAGUUUUAAUUGCUGUUUCGAUAUUGGGAAUUGCGUUCUUGGCUGCUCUGAGAUCGGUCGAGGAUAACUCAACCUCAGACAGAGAACUUCAAGAGGUGAAAUCUGGUUUCGGAAGUGCACUUUAUGCCAUGAAAUCAGCUGGAGAAUUAUUUGUCACCAAGGACAUGUUGCUAUUGAGUGUAGCCUUCUUCUAUACAGGUCUUGAGCUUUCAUUCUUCAGUGGAGUUUAUGGUGCAUCGAUUGGAUUCACAGCUGCUAUUGCUGAAACUCCAAAGGAAAUAGUUGGUUUAGCUGGGAUAUGCAUUGGAGCUGGUGAAGUUCUGGGAGGAGGUCUGUUUGGACUUUUAGGAUCAAAGACAACGAGAUAUGGUCGUGAUCCAAUAGUCAUCGUUGGAUACAUCAUUCAUCUCAUAUCGUUUUUCCUGAUCUUCUUAAAUCUCCCAAAUAGUGCUCCCUUCCAGAGUACAACAGAUAUAUCUUAUUUGGAUCCUCCAAAGCCUUGGUUAGCUUUGUUGUGUGCUUUCUUGCUUGGUUUCGGUGAUGCAUGUUUCAAUACACAAAUUUACUCGAUGUUGGGAGGUGUUUUCGUCAAGAAUUCCGUUGGAGCUUUUGCCCUCUUCAAAUUCACCCAGUCUGUUGCUGCAGCUACAAGCUUCUUCUAUUCGCCGUAUUUGGGAUUGCGGGCUCAAUUGAGUAUUUUGGUUGUGUUUGGAACAAUCGGAACAGCAUGCUUCUGUGUUGUAGAAUGGGCGGCGAAAAAACGCACAAAAUCAAACAAUUCAGUUUCAGAUGACUCAAAAUCAGAUUCACAGUCCGUUACGAGCUACGAAAAAUAGUUGAAUUUCUCUGAGCAAGAGGCUUCCUACAACUAAUCUUUUCUUCAUUCCAGAAACAUAAUCAUUAUUGUUCAUAUUAUAGAAAAUUAUACACAUAUUCCAUUUACUAUUAUUAUUAUUGUAGUUAUAAAUCGUUAAGGACAAUAACUUUUGUAUCUAAAAAUAAAAAGAGAACAGAAAAUAUUUUUGAAUAAGAGAAACAAAGUCCAUUUAUAGCCACGAAUUUAAACAUUUUUGACUUCUUCGUGUUAAGGUCACAUUAUUUGUUGAUUCUUUUUUUUAUUAUUAAAACUAUAAACAUAAGUAGAUAUUAAUUUUCGUAGUAUUAAUUCAAAAUGCAAUAAAUCAAGAAAUUAUAUACAUAUAUAUUUUUAAAAGAAAACAUCUAAUAAUAUAAAAAUA